GCUCAUUUGCAUAUCUCCGAAAGUUCCGCAACAUGAAUCAAGAAGUCGAAUGACAAUAAUUCAUACGCUCUCAACAUUUACAAGAAACCGAAAAGGAGCUGCGCUAAUUCUUUAAAUGGUAGCUUCCGCUUUCCUAUUCCAAGCCACUCUAGGCUAACAGUAGAAUGAGCGUGCCGCUUCGAGCUCAAAUAUCUCGGGGGAACCCGGACAAGGUCUUCGAUUUGAUAGAGAAAGUCGGAGGAGGAACAUAUGGCGAUGUGUUUAAGGCGCGAGUCAUUGCGACAGGGGACCUUGCUGCCGUGAAAGUAGUAAAAGUCGAACCAGGGGAUGAUUUUGAGUUAAUACAACAAGAAAUUGCUAUGAUGCAACAGUGCCGGCACAACAACAUUAUCAACUACAUUGGUGCAUACAUGAGGAGAGAUAAAUUAUGGAUUGGAAUGGAAUACUGCGGAGGGGGGUCAAUACAAGACGUAUAUUGUGUGACAGGUCCCUGCUCUGAAACACAAAUCUCAUUUGUAACAGUUGAAACACUCAAGGGACUUGCUUAUCUACAUGAGAAGAGUCUGAUGCAUAGGGACAUCAAGGGUGCAAACAUUCUUCUCACCACAAAUGGGGAAGUUAAACUUGCCGAUUUUGGUAUAUCUGCAAGAAUAACAGAGACCAUGAAAAAAAGGAAAUCAUUUAUUGGAACUCCUUACUGGAUGGCACCUGAGAUGGCGGCCGUUGAGCGCACUGGAGGAUAUGACCUAAAGUGUGAUAUAUGGGCUGUAGGGAUAACUGCAAUAGAGAUGGCUGAACUACAACCUCCAAUGUUUGAUUUACAUCCAAUGAGAGCACUGUACAUAAUAGGAAAGAAGAGUUUUAUUCCCCCAACACUAAAAGAAAAAGAUAAAUGGUCAAAUGAGAUGCAUCAUUUCAUCAAAGUUGCUCUGAUUAAGAACCCAAAGAAAAGACCUUCUGCUGAUAAGAUGUUGACUCAUCCAUUUUGCUGCCGGCAUCUUACAAAGGCAGUCCUUCAGGAUUUAUUAGACAGAUACAGGAGAAAAUCCCAAGAAAAGAACUUACAACCAGACGACUCAGAUGAUGAGCAACUGGAUGAUGAGCAUGUUAAGGUCAUGACUAGGAUAGUGUCCACAAAAGCACGGACACCAAACAACAGAGCCAGCAUACCACCAGAUAGUAUAUUAGAUGGAGUUCAGGUAGAGCCUAUAGCAACUAGUGACACAAAAACGUUUAAAUACAGAGGUGAAAGCUCCCAAGAUAACAACAGUUCUACACUUAAAGGAGAUGAGGUAAUAAAUGAAGGAAACACAGGAACUUUUAAGGCAAACACUCCCGCACCAGAAGCACCACAAGAGGAAGAACCACCACCCCUACCUCCUAAGAUUAAGAAGGACCACUAUCAAGUUCCAAAGGUUCAAAGCUCUACCCGACCGACUCCUCCGCCUAAGCCACCUCAUCUGAAGGUCUCCCGGACGACAAGCGCUGAUGCCCUUCCAGUAAGGAAUGAAUCUGCACAUAGCCGGCACAUGUCUGAGGGAAACCUUCCCGGAAUACCUCUUCCAAAAGCACCACCACCGAAACCAAAGCCUCGCGGCACAGUAAACGGCAUUCCCCAACCGCUCCCAAGAAAUCAAACAGACGUCGUGACCACAUGCUUUUCCAAGAUUUUCAAUGAAUGUCCACUUCACAUAUACUGCACUGCAACUUGGGUGAAUCCAAGUUCACAUUGCAAACACAUUCUCAUUGGUGCUGAGGAGGGAAUAUACUCGUUAAACAUCAGUGAUCACGUGCAUGAUAUGGAGAUGGAGCAGAUCAGCUCAAAGAAAUGCACAUGGCUUGCGGUUAUACAACACAUAAUGGUUUCUAUUACAGGAACGCCCCCCUGUGUUUUCAUGCACAACCUGGUCUCGCUUCACGAUAAAUCACAGACAUUCUUCGUGACUAUGGCAAGGGGAAUCGUGUACACACAGAGAAUAACCGAGACCAGAGGCUGUCUAAAGUGUUGCGUUGUAAAUAACCCGUAUAACUCGCAGCUCUAUCUCUGCGUUGCCUUGCCGCAGAACGUGUUACUGAUGCAGUGGUAUGAGCCCCUUGAGAAGUUCAUGAAAGUUAACAUGUUCCAAGUUGAUCUACCAUCUCCUCUUACGCUAUUUGAAACCGUUGUCAUGCCUGACAUCGACUACCCACUCAUCUGUGUUGGUGUAAGAGAAAAUGCGGAUUUGCCGUAUAGCUUCGACCUUGUGAAUCUCAACUCCACCUCUAACUGGUACACAGAACACAAUGAAGGUGUGAAGCUGGCUGUGGACACAUUUGAUCAGCUGGAGAAAGAAACGAUACUCAUUUGCUCUGACAACACAAUUAGAUUCGUUAACCUGGAAGGUAAGCCCAAGCAGACCAAAAGAGGAGUGGCUGAGAUCCGGUUUGACGUUAAACCCGACUCAGUGGUCUGUCUGCAAGGAAGUGUUCUUGGAUUUCACAAGCAUGGAUUACAAGGCAGAAGUCUCCUCACCGGUCAGGUGAGCGUGGAGAUGAACGAUCCCAAGCGCACCUUCCGACUCCUCGGGGCAGACAGUAUUGCGGUGGUCGAGAGCAGGCUCACCAGUGAACCCGAUGGACCUUGCAAUCUUUACAUUCUAGCUAGCACGCCUAAGAAUCAUUGACCAAUUGAAGCCAAAGAUCUCACGUUCGCAAGCGCACGCAAGAUUCGCUGAUUAACCAUGCACUCAUACGCGAUGGGCGUCCCUCCACAGCGGACGCAAUAACACCAUGUAAUAUACCUUCUUAUUCCUGGGCCCAGUAAGAUCCUCUGGGUGCUAGGUGUGCAUUUGUUUCCGAGUGGAAACCCGUUACUCGGCAACAACCUUAAGCACAUGGUUGCUGUGAACGAACAUUUGGUACAAAGCGUGAUAUCUCUGGUGCAUCACUUGCAACACUCGUUUCCAGCAUCUGAGCGUGUGGACCGAAGGUAGGUCAAGCUUUGUAUCAAGCCUGUGUACAUUGCGUCCAAACUGCGUCCAAACUGGGAAAGGAAAUCGUUGCCGACAUGUAAACUUCAUUCUGCCUGCUCUGGGGAUGCUCAAGAAAUGAUGAUCUUUUGACAUUUUCUAGGUACACCUUUACAAGUUAUUACCCUCGCUAGCUAUAUAUGUACAGUUAUGGCCAUUUUGUCCAUUAUACGUGCGCCCUUUGCUGUGUAAUCAGCUAGAACGAGAAUUAGAGAUAGAAAUAGAGUUUUAGCAUGGACCACGUGAUAGCAAGGGUCACGUGAUAUAUGGGAGACGCACCAAAUUAGGCUCUCUGAAUUUUUUUUUUUUUGCUGAAUUUAACCUGUUUCAUACUUCAAAAUAGUUAUGUAGCGAAUACAGGAUGUUUCCGUCCUUGAUAGACCUAGAAACUUUCUGAACAACUGAAAUGCACGACAGAAUUUUGAAUUUUGUUCUCCCUUCUUUGUCAUCGUCGACAGCGUCAAAACUUGCUUGGGAUAACAAAAAUAUUUUUCUUCUCUUUUUUAAAUUGGUAUAUUUUAGGGGGAUGACUGGAAAAGAAUUGCUUUUUCACUGUCUCAAAGGUCGAGUAUAUAUUUUUCUACUUUCGCAAUUAAAAAUUCGGGACUUGAUCAGUUUUUAUCCAGAAAACUACGAAAAUGUUACCAAAAAACUAUCCACGAAGAAAAAUCGGGAUAAAAAUUUCCAGAACUUUGUGAAUCCACCGAUUAGCAAGAACAUAGGCACAAAAUUAUUAAAUUAAAAACAAUGACGUUUUAUAAAGUCUUUGAAUAAAGAACAUUUAAACGGCG